CACAGGACUUCUUCCUGCUGGCUCAGCCUGGAGGCCGAGGAGUGUUUUGCAAAAGCUGUUUAUCUGAAUUCUGAAGGAACGUGGAGGCUGCUGCUCUUUUAAGCUCUUUGCCUCAGAGUCACACCUAGGCUUCCAGAUGAAGCCUGAGUCGGGGCAGGCCCUCUUCCACGUGGCCAUUGCCAGCUGCCUCUGCGCAGCCACCGUCUACACGGGCGUUUUCAAAGGCGUCCUCAUCCAAGUGGGCUAUGAGCACUAUGCUGAAGCACCAGUAGCCAGCCUCCCCGCCUUCCUAGCCAUGCCCUUUAACUCGGUCAUUAACUUGGCCUACGUGCUCCUGGGAAUGUACUGGCUACAGAGAGAUGCCAGCGCCCUGGGGCGCCCCGCAGAGGUGCAGAGGGCUCGUUACAUGAAGGACAUUUUUGCUGGCAUGGCCCUGGUCUAUGGCCCCGUUCAGUGGCUGCGGAUCGUGACGCAGAUGCCCCUCGCGGCCGUGCUCGACCAGUGGCUCACCUUGCCCAUCUUCGCGUGGCCAGUGGCCUGGUGCCUCUUUCUAGACAGGGGCUGGACACCCUGGGGCUUCCUCGCCAUCGAGUGCCUCUCCCUGUGCAGUUACGGCCUUGCCCUGCUGCACCCCCAGGGCUUUGAGGUCGCGCUGGGUGUGCACAUUGCAGCCACUGUGGGCCAGGCCCUGCGUGCCCAUGGGCGCUAUGGCAGUGCCUCCUCAGGAGCAUACUUGGCUCUGGGUGUGCUCUCCUGCCUGGGCUUUGUGGGCCUUAAGCUAUAUGACCAUCAGCUCACCCAGUGGCCUUUCUUCCAGCAGCUCACAGGCCACUUCUGGUCCAAAGUCUGUGAUGUGCUCCAGUUCCACUUUGCAUUCUUGUUUCUAACAAAUUUAAACACUUGCUAAAGACUUCCUUCUGAGAGGAGGAUGCAUUAAAAUAUGGAAAGAAGUUACUUAAGCCGCUGACUCCCCAACAUGGAAACGGACUAUCAGAUGACAUUCUGCCAUCAGUGUUAAAUUUCCUGGGUGUGAGAAGAUACAAAGAUGUGAUGAUGUUUAUAUGAUGAAGACUGUCCCUGCCUCCAAAGUUAUGGGCUUCAGUAUUUA